ACACUGGACGUAACGUAAUUGCUUAUUUUUUCUUUUUUAAACAAAAAACGUCGGUUUAACGACCAUGGCCGUGAUUACAUGUUUGACGGUAUUUUUAUUGUUCGUGUUCAGAGUCGGAUCAAGUGUUUAUGAAACGCACCAACACAUAGAACGAGCAGGGUAUGUAGCAGAAACCCAUCGCGUAACAACUGAAGAUGGAUACAUCCUAGAGAUGUACAGGAUUCCCUUCAGAAGGGGUGAAACGUCUGGAUCUGCAGAUCGGCCUGUAGUAUUUUUCCUACAUGGGCUAUUGGCUGCUUCUAUUUCUUUCAUUAGACUGGGGAGAAAUUAUGCUAUAGCUUAUAACCUAGCCGACGCCGGUUUUGACGUUUGGUUGGGUAACGCACGUGGUAACAGAAAUUCCAGAUUCCACGUUUCCCUCGACCCCGACGCAAAUGCACAGGAGUUCUUUGACUUCACAUGGCACGAAAUUGGGGUGUACGACAUCCCAGCAAUGAUCGACUACAUUCUAGAAGAGACUGGAAAUCAGAGGUUACAUUAUAUAGGACAUUCGCAGGGAGGAACAGCUUUUUUCGUGAUGGCUAGUAUGAGACCUGAAUAUAAUGAGAAGAUUGCUUUAGCGCAUUUAUUGGCUCCUGCUGGAUAUAAGACACACUUUCCUCAUCCUAUUCUGAGGCCUUUGACUCCAUUAACUAAUAUUGUGUGGUCUCUGGCGGUGAGAAUUGGCGUAAUAGAAAUUUUCCCUCCGAACCCUGUAUUUCCUUUAUAUGACAAUGUGAAACCUGAUGAACUAUGGCAAUACUGUUUUGGAGACAUACAAUUCAAGGAUUUAUGCCUUAUGACCGGAAUUAAAGAAAUCAUGGAAAGCUACGAUGACGACAGGCUCCCUGGAUACUUCUUAUUUCAAGGAGGGGCAUCGUUAAAACAAAUAGCUCACUAUGGUCAGAAUAUCAAAGAUGAUAGUUUUCGACAAUGGGACUAUGGUGCUGUGGGGAACAUAGCCAAUUAUGGGACCCGAACUCCUCCUGUAUAUAACAUGAGCCUUAUUACCUCAGAUGUUGAGAUACAUUAUACAGUGAGUGAUACAUUAGUGGGCGUAGGAGAUGUGUAUGCUAUGGCAGAGGACAUGCCUAAUUGCAAAUUAAGAAGGGUGGCAAGAGAAAACUUUGGACAUGGAGAUUUCGUUGAAGCAAAAGACGCGAGGGAAUUGGUCACUGCGCAUAUUAUUGAAGUCAUACAGAAUUAUGAUGGAACCAUCGAAGAACCUGAAAUUAUCGAGUCUGAAUCAAAUGAAGGCGAUUCUUCAUCUACAAUAGUUUUAAGUAUGGCCGUUAAGAUUUACCUCAUUAUAUUUACUUUGUAUAGUUUUCUUUAGGAUUGUAUUUUUAUUAGGCUUGUUUAUUACGUAACCCAAGAAUACUAAUUUAUCCAUGAACACUAUCCUAUCACCAUCAAUUUUAUUGUAUGUCCCAUUGCUUUUUGUUAUGAUGCCAAGUGGCGGGACGAACAAUUUUUACGCCUGGUGGUAAGCGACACGCUAUCCACAACAGUUGCAGUGCCACUCUGAGAUUUCAUCGCAAAGAUCUUAGCACUGCCACUUCGCCAGUCGCCCUGAGACAUAAGUUGACAAGUUCCAUGUGCUAAUUUCAUCAGCAACCUUACCCUGCAAAACCGGAACGUAGUAGGAAGGUGGUAGUAAGUCCUAAGAACUAUGUCACAAAGACCUCUACUGCUUCUAACAUGUGCUAGCUACGGCUUUGCUCUGAGAUCUAAGGACUAUAAUCGACCACAGUGGCGCAAUCGAUGUGCACCCUGCACGUUGCCCUGACAACGUCCUGACGUUUUCCCUAGAAAUUAAAAUCAAUAGACGUAUGCAUCUAUUGAUUUUAAUUUCAGACAUCUCAAUUGAGAUCUUCCGCUAGGAUAUUAAUCGUAACCUUGGAGUUGUACUACUUGCCUUAUUAUAUUAUGGUA